AUAUGUAUGACCCUCCUUCUAUAUUUAUCAAUGGAGUUAGGUGAUCUUAUACUACGCACAGCAUGUGCACGCUAGAGAAGCGUGGGAACAUUUUCUUCCUGACGCUAACCGGCGCCGGGAAGAAAGACCAGGAGCACCGCCUCAACCCGACGCUCAUCGCCGCCAUCCGCGCGGCGCUAUCCGAAGUCAGAUCGCAAUCCGUCCCCGGAUCGGCGCUCAUCACUCAAGCCGAAGGCCGAUUCUUCUCCAACGGCGUCGACCUCCGCCCCGGGGCGGCGGCGGCGGAGGAGGAGCUAAUCGCGAUGGUAGAUCUGUUCCGAGGCGUCGUCGCCGACCUCCUCUCCCUCCCCAUGCCGACCGUCGCCGCCGUGGCCGGGCACGCGGCGGCGGCGGGGCUGAUCCUCGCGAUCAGCCACGACUACGUGGUGAUGGCGAGAUCGAGGGCGGUGCUGUACCUGAGCGAGCUCGACAUCGGCAUGAGCCUGCCGGACUACUUCACGGCGCUGAUCCAGGGGAAAUUGAGCUCCAGCGCCGCGCGGCGGGAGCUGGCGCUCCGCGCGGCGAAGAUCGGCGGCGAUGCGGCGUACGAUUCCGCGGAGGAGGUGGCGGCGGCGGCGGUGGAGAGGGUUGAACACGGGAUAUGCAUGUAUAAUUGCACGAUCCCAUAA